AUUUAUGUUCUAUUAACUCUUUCUGUGUUAUAUAUGUCUUCACUUCCCGAAAAACGCUACAGAUUCUCUCCAUUUCUUCCGGGUCAUGUCCACGUUGACCACUCAAGCUAUUGCAGAAACCCUAGGCACUGUUCAACUCGGUGUCCUCUUCAGCACAUUUCUCUUUGGCAUCUUGUUCAUGCAAUGGGUGACAUAUUUCACUAGCAAGUUCAACGACGGCUGGACUAUCCGUGGACUUGUUUACUGGAUUAUCAUACUCGACAUCACCCACGUCGCCAUAUCUUGGGAGUAUCUCUGGAUGUAUACUGUCAGUAAUUUUGGAAAUACUGCCACAUUGUACGCGGCUCAUUGGCAAUACGACAGUGGCCCUAUCUUCAUUGUAUUGACUGCUGCACCAACUCAAUUCUUCUUGAUCAACCGCACUCGAAGAAUGCUGGCACUGCAACAUCCAUACCUUGCCAAUGCAAUCUUCGCCUUUACAUGUACUCUUGGAUUCGUACAAGUAUUCAUGGGAUUGUUCAUGUCCGGCAGUCUUCUCGCCCUUGAUGCCAGUGGUUCAGCAACUACGGAAGGCUAUACUAAGUUUGUACCUAUCGCUGUAGCUUGGGAGUCUGUUGCGAUUGCAACAGAUAUGACUGUAAUGAUAUCCCUUGUUGCAACGCUUUUGUACAGACGAACCGGCUUCAGACAGACUGAUUGGAUGGUGUACAAUCUCAUCUUGGUUGCUAUUGAAUGUGCUUUUCCUGUCACUCUUUUCACUAUCGGUCAUAUCACAGGAGUUGUUGCUAGCCCUACAACAGCAAUCCACCAACUGUUUGCUUGGUCGCAAGCGCGCUUAUACUCUAACACUUUGUUCCUCAAUCUCAAUGAGCGUAAAAAGCUGCGCCGCGGCCAUGACGGUACAGGUAACAGCACCUUCAAAUUUCAAGAACUUAACUUCGUCACCGGAAAGGAUCGUAGUGCGGGUCGAAACAUGAGCGGGAGUGGGCCUCAAGUCCGCGUCGAUGUUACUAGGGAAGAAGACUAUGGCAUGGAGUCGAUGUCCAACACGGGGAGGGAUGCUGACCUGAAGCCCGUCGCCUCUGUUUAACGGGCACGACAUUGUGAAUGUGGAGUAUUUACUGAGUGCUUACAUUUGCUGGUGAUUCAUGUAAUGUACUAUUUAAUUCAUUGGCAGUGACUUGGGA